GCUGCCGGUGCAACUUUUCCCGAAGAGCUGUACAUGGAUGCCAUGUUCGCAUAUCAAUUUGUUGACCCUACUGUGUCCAUGUCGUACUUGCCCACUGGGUCAGGCGGAGGCAAGAACAGGAUCAUGCUCGGAGACAAGAUGAAAGACGACGGGUUCGGACCUCCCUUCAACAUCGACUUCGCCGGCUCCGAUUCCCUGUUGAAGCCUGAUCAGUACGCUCAGUACCCAGACCUGCAGAUGUAUCCUUCGGUAGCGGGAGCUGUCGUCCCUAUCUACAACAUUCCAGAGCUCGAAGCACGAAGCCUGGACCUGAUCUUGACUCCAGCAACUGUCGCCAUGAUCUUUUCGGGCCAAAUCAAGUAUUGGAACGACUCGGCCAUCUACAACGACAAUGUGGCGGGAGGAAAUCAAGUUGGUGCAGAAGUCUUGAAGAAGCUUCAAGCUGCGAUCACCGUCUUUGUCCGUAACGAAGACUCGGGCACGACGGAGAUCUGGAAGAAAUCUCUCGCUGGAGCGUCGACCUUCUUUUCCAAGCAGAUUGGAACCUCCUCGAAGCCUGUCUGGAACUCAACAGCCCGCUAUGAGUAUCGCGACGAGAACAAUGGCGUUGCGUCCGGCGUCCUGGCAACAGAUUACUCCAUUGGUUACUCGGUGCUGGGAGUUGCG